AUGGCGCACCUCGACAUUCCCCAAACAACCAGCUCGACUGGUGAGAAACAUUCCCUCAAAUCUCUGCCCAAGUCGAAUGUCUUCACGCAGAACCUCCCCGCCGACGCCGCCUUCCCCACACCAAAAGACUCGCACAAUGCGCCACGGCAAACUCUCGGUCCGCGCAUGGUCAAGGAGGCGCUCUACACAUACGUCCGGCCAGACCCCAUUGGAGAGGCCGAGCUGCUAGGCGUCAGUCAGCGCGCACUACAAGCCCUUGGACUCAACGAAGAGGAAGCGCAGAGUGAAGAGUUCAAGGAAGUCGUCUCGGGCAGCAAGAUCUUGACAUGGGACGCGGAGAAGCCAGACGAGGGCGUGUAUCCAUGGGCACAGUGCUAUGGCGGCUACCAGUUUGGACAGUGGGCCGGCCAGCUCGGGGACGGACGCGCCAUCUCGCUGUUUGAGGCCACCAACCCGUCGUCUGGCACCCGGUAUGAGGUACAGCUGAAAGGAGCCGGGCGAACACCCUACUCGCGCUUUGCAGACGGCCGGGCAGUGCUACGCUCGUCGAUCCGCGAGUUCGUCGUCUCCGAGUACCUGAACGCCAUCAACAUACCCACCACCCGCGCGCUAGCCCUCACCCUGAAUAAAGGCACCAAAAUCAUACGCGAGCGCGUUGAGCCCGGCGCCAUCGUCACACGCUUCGCACAGAGCUGGAUCCGCUUUGGAACCUUCGACCUCCAGCGCAAUCGCGGCGACCGCAACACCCUGCGCACCCUCGCCGACUACACAGCCGAGCACGUCUACGGCGGCUGGGACACGCUCCCCUCCAAACUGCCCUCAGGAACCGCAACAGAGACCCACGACCAGGUCCAGACAGGCAUAGCAAAAGAAACCAUCGAAGGCGACGCACUCGACCAGGAAAAUCGCUACACACGCCUCUACCGCGCCAUCCUCCGCCGCAACGCCCAAACCGUCGCAAAGUGGCAAGCAUACGGCUUCAUGAACGGCGUGCUCAACACAGACAACACAUCUAUCCUCGGCCUAAGCAUAGACUUUGGCCCCUUCGCCUUCCUCGACACAUUCGAUCCAGCCUACACGCCCAACCACGACGACCACAUGCUGCGCUACAGCUACCGCAACCAGCCCACAAUCAUCUGGUGGAACCUCGUGCGCCUGGGCGAGGCAUUCGGCGAGCUCAUGGGCGCAGGCGACCACGUCGAUGACGCCGUAUUUGUCGAAAAAGGCGUCAGCGAAGCGCACGCCCCCGAGCUCGUAAAUCGCGCAGAGAACAUCAUCGAGAAGUGCGGCGACGAGUACAAAGCCGUGUUCCUUGCUGAAUACAAACGCCUCAUGAUGAGUCGCUUGGGGCUGAAGACGCAAAAAGAUACCGAUUUCGAUGAGCUCAUGUCCGAGUUGCUCGACUGUCUCGAGCAGUUCGAGCUGGACUUCCACCACGCGUUCCGCAGGUUGUCUGCCGUCAAGUUGAACGAGCUGGACACGGACGAUGCGCGCAAAGAUGUAGCAGGCCGCUUCUUCCGCGCGGAUAAUGCGCCACGUCAGGAGGGCAAGGAGCGCGAGCGCAUCGGCGCGUGGCUUGGGAAAUGGGCUGCGCGCGCCAAGGAGGACUGGGGCAGUGAGUCGGAGGCUGAGCGUCAGGCUGCUAUGUUGGCUGUGAAUCCCAAGUUCGUGCCUCGCUCAUGGAUCCUCGACGAGCUCAUCGACCGCGUGGAGAAGAAACAUCAGCGCGAUAUCCUGCCGCAAAUCAUGAAGCUGAAUCUCAAUCCGUUCCAGGAAAGCUGGGACUGGGAUGCGGAUGAGGAGGAGCGGUUCUGCGGGGAUGUGCCCAAGUACAAGGGCAUGAUGCAGUGCAGUUGUAGCUCAUAG